GCGGAUUCUUCCCUUACACAAAUAAGCAUAAUUUCUCAACAGUUGGACUGCUAUGACUAUAUUCUUAACUCCUCCGGGAAUGUGUUAACCUUUCAUAAAACUUGGUAAAAAUAUAUGGUAUUUCCGCUGAUCCGGAUAUAACAAAUAUAUGAGGAGGAGGAAACAGGUCAAUCACAGGAAAUGGCCGUAUCAGGGCGUAAACAAAGCGAUCUACUAGGAUCAGUAGCAGCAGGAUCAGCAGAAGACUUUAAUCACUGUUGUGAGCCAUGUCUUACCACAGGGCAACAUAUAGAAGCUCAUGGCUUUUGUGUUACUUGUCAAGAAUACCUCUGUAAAACUUGCCACGAUGUCCACAGAAAAACAAAAGUCUUACGAAAUCAUCAAAUUUUGCAGCGUAAUGAUUUUGAUAAGAUUCAAACUACAAGAAAAUCAAACAAUGAAUGCACUGAAUUGUGCCAAGUUCACAAAAAAGAAAUAAUCAAAUUUUAUUGCCCAUCACACCAUGCACUCGGAUGCAAUGAUUGCAUAACUUUAGGCCAUAGAACAUGUAAAAUUGAUUACAUACCUGAAAAAUGCGAAGGUGUUGCAGAUGGGAAGGAGUUCGAUGACGUCAUGCAGAAACUCGGCGAAAAAUUAAAAGAAGCAUCAGAAAUUUCGAAUAAGGCUAAAGGCAGUAGAAUCAACAUUAAUGAUUACAAUGAACAAAUCAUCAAGGCUAUCACUGAAUUCCGAAAAGAAAUAAACGACCACCUAGAUCUGAUGCAAAAGGAUGCUUUAAAUAAUGCUGAGGAAAUAAAGUCCAACAACAACAAAAUUAUUCAUCACGUCCUUGAUAGAUGUGAAAAUAUGAUUUCCGGAAUAAAAUGCUUGCUAUCAAGUCUUCAUGCAAGCAAAUCAACUCAUCAAGACGGUCAACUCUACAUUGGCAUGAAGCGGGCAGAAUCUGCACUAAAAUCAGAUGAAUUACAUGAAGUAAAAGAUACAUUAAUGCAUACCAAUAUGCGCUACUCAUUUCAACGAAAUGCUGAACUCGAAACAUUGUUCUGUAAGAAAAUGGUCUUUGGUGAGAUUGUCGAUCAUUCUCGUCAUGAAUCUACCAAAGUGACAAAAGCUCUUGAUAGUCUGAUUGGGAAAGGAGUUAUCAAUAUCAAAACUUCAUCAGAUACGGAGGUAUGUGGUAUCACAGGAUGUGCAGUUCUCAACACAAAUAAACUAGUUCUAGCUGAUUGGGACAACCAGAAGGUAAAAUUGGUUUGUAUAGAGAACAAACUUGUACAAGAAGAGAAAGCUCUAGACUCAUCGCCAUUUGGUAUUGCUGUAAUGUCUCAGGAUCAGUUCGCUGUAACAAUGCCGGACAACAAUGAAAUAGUUGUCAUGACAACAGACGACAAACUAUUAUGUGUCCGCAGUAUUGAAGUGGAUAGGAAGUGCUUUUGCAUAGACUAUAAUCAGGAUCGUCUUUAUGUUGCUUGUUUGGCUCCUUCCAGUGUGAUUGUACUGAAUAUGCAAGGUGAUAUCGUGAAUACCAUCCCUCUGAACUUUCUUUCACCUCGCUAUGCCCCGCAUAUUGCUGUGUGUAAGGAUUCCAAACUUUUGUAUAUCAGUGACAUUGGUAACGACAGUGUAGUGAGUAUAUCAUUACAAGGGGAAGUUACAGCUACAUAUAAGCAUAUAUAUCUUAGAGGACCACGAGGAAUGUUGGUGUUAGAUGACGGGUCAUUACUUGUCUGCAGUUAUAAAAAUGGAACAAUUCAUAAAGUCAAAGGAGACUUGAAGCAUUGGAAGAUAAUGUAUAAAGGUGAAGAUGGAGACCGUCUAAAAUCAAUAUGCCACAGUUUACGCUAUGCUGAGAUCUAUGUUGGUUGCAUUGGAGACCGAUUGAAAGUUUUUAACACACAAUGACCACAGUAUUCAGUUUUCAUUGAUUUGAAAACGGAAGAGUGCAUAAAAUCAUGUGGUUAUUGUUCUUUAUUAUAGAAAAUAUACAAUUAUAAAAGAACUUACAUGACUUUAAAAUAUUUAUUCCAUUAUUACAUUUAAACUUGUAAAUUAUGACUCAUAUCUUGAACAAACUUUUUCACAUUGAUUUCAAUGCACUGUUCUAUAAAUGAUUUUAGGUUUAACAUGUUUAUGUAAACAUGUGCCUUAAAAAUAGGAGUUUACGCUUCAUAUUUUAUUUGUGUGUUCUGUGCACAAUGAGCCUAUUUAGGAACUCUGACUAUAGUGUGAUUGUAUAAAUUAGAAUUUAUUCUCUGAACUAAUGGACUUAUUUGAUUAUUUUAUUAGCUUAAAGUUGGUUGUUGGAAUGUGAAUGGUUGGAAUAUUAAUGGCUGCUCAGAAAAUUUUAUUUUUAGAGCAAACAGUAUUGAUAAAUUAAAAUUUGAUAUUAUUGUUAUUCCUGAAACACACCUCACAGGUGAUAGAAAUAUUGAAUUAUCUGAUUAUCUUUUUUUUUGGUCAUAAUAGAAAAACUAUUCAUUCAAAUGCACGAAGUGGUUCUGGUGGAGUCUGCAUUUUUGUAAAAAAUUCACUGAUAGAGCUUUUUUAUGUUUAAAUUUUAGAUAAAAGUUAUGAGGGAAUUUUAUGGUUGAGUUUUAAAUCAAAAUAUAAUGAUAAAAUGUUUAAUAUUUGUGGUUGCUAUUUGCCGCCUA